CAUAACAUGGUGUGGGAAGUGAAGACAAAUCAGAUUCCUAAUGCAGUACAGAAACUCCUGCUGGUAAUGGACAAGAGAGCUUCAGGAAUGAAGGACUCAUUGGAGCUGUUGCAGUGUAAUGAGAAUUUGCCAUCCUCGCCAGGAUAUAACUCCUGUGAUGAACACGUGGAACUUGAUGAUCUUCCUGAACUUCAAGCUGUUCAAAGUGAUCCUACCCAAUCUGCCAUAUACUAGCUAAGUUCAGAUGUUUCACAUCAAGAAUAUCCAAGACCAUCUUGGAACCAGGAUACCUCAGACAUACCGGAAAAUGCUUACCGAGAAAAUGAGGUGGACUGGUUAACAGAAUUAGCAAAUAUUGCCACUAGUCCACAAAGCCCACUUAUGCAGUGCUCUUUUUACAACAGGUCAUCUCCUGUACACAUCAUACCUACUAGCAAAAGUUUACAUUCCUAUGCACGCCCACCACCAGUGUCCUCUUCUUCAAAGAGUGAGCCAGCUUUUCCUCAUGACCACUGGAAGGAGGAAACACCAGUAAGACAUGAAAGGGCAAAUAGUGAGUCAGAAUCAGGCAUUUUCUGCAUGUCCUCCCUCUCAGAUGAUGAUGAUUUGGGAUGGUGCAAUUCCUGGCCUUCUACAGUUUGGCACUGUUUCUUGAAAGGCACAAGACUAUGUUUUCAUAAGGGAAGCAAUAAGGAAUGGCAAGAUGUUGAAGAUUUUGCUAGAGCCGAAGGCUGUGAUAAUGAGGAAGAACUCCAAAUGGGCACUCACAAGGGCUAUGGUUCUGAUGGUCUAAAGUUGUUAUCACAUGAAGAAAGUGUGUCAUUUGGUGAGUCUAUAUUGAAGCUAACAUUUGAUCCUGAUAUAGUAGAAGAUGGCUUACUUACCGUAGAGUGUAAGCUGGACCACCCUUUCUAUGUUAAAAAUAAAGGUUGGUCAUCAUUCUAUCCAAGUCUGACUGUGGUGCAGCAUGGCAUUCCAUGUUGUGAAAUUCAUAUUGGUGAUGUCUGUCUACCUCCUGGACACCCUGAUGCCAUUAAUUUUGAUGAUUCGGGUGUUUUUGAUACAUUUAAAAGCUAUGACUUCACACCUAUGGACUCUUCUGCAGUUUAUGUGUUAAGCAGUAUGGCUCGCCAGCGUCGUGCAUCUUUGUCUUGUGGAGGACCUGGUGGACGAGACUUCGCAGGAUCUGGAUUCAGUAAAAACUGUGGCUCACCUGGCUCAUCACAGCUCUCUUCUAACUCUUUGUAUGCUAAAGCUGUCAAAAACCACAGCUCAGGGACUGUGAGUGCCACUUCUCCUAAUAAGUGCAAAAGACCAAUGAAUGCCUUCAUGCUUUUUGCCAAAAAAUACAGAGUUGAAUACACUCAGAUGUAUCCAGGGAAAGAUAACAGGUAA